AUGGAUCAAGCAUUUGGAUUAAUAGAAGAAAUUAACAGGAGCAAAAGACCAAUGCUUAAAGUCCGCAUUGUAAGGAUGUUUUAUCAAAAUAAAGGCAGCACUUUCAAGUCGCAUCUCGAGCUUAUUUUGCAUGAUCGAACGGGAAAACGAAUUACAGCAUUUCUAAGAGCAGUCUACUUACCGGAUUUCAAAGAGAAGUCCAUUGAAGAGAACAUGGUCAUUCUCAUACGAAACUACCAAGUUGAUAGCAACCUUGCUGGGGCUGCUGUAAGUUACUCACAGCAGCCCCCCAGACCCGCCAAAUUGGGGGCAUAUGGCUAUGGCGGAACCUUGUUGGGCCGAAAGGGUUUUGAACAGAAGGGUUUGGAUUCCUUUGCUCACCCAAGACAAAGAGGAGGACCUUAUAAAAUCUGCCAUGGCAGCAUUUCUUGCCAAGGAAGAGAAAUCAAGAGGAAGAAAACUGAGAUGAGGGGGAAAAUUGAAGCUCAUUUGGGACGUGUGGAGGAAGAAGCUAAGCGCCUCGCUGGAAUUCAUGCC